CGCCCGUGGCGGCCGGUCCUCCGCCCCGCUCCCCGCGCCCCUGGCCCGAACCCCGGCCCGCUGCACUGUGGGUAGACGGCGGCGGAGCCGGUGGCGGAGCGGGGAGGCACGCGCCGAAGAUGGCCGAGAAGCAGAAGCACGACGGGCGGGUGAAGAUCGGGCACUACGUGCUGGGGGACACGCUGGGCGUGGGCACCUUCGGCAAAGUGAAGAUUGGAGAACAUCAGUUGACAGGCCAUAAAGUUGCAGUGAAGAUCUUAAAUAGACAGAAGAUUCGCAGUUUGGAUGUUGUUGGAAAAAUAAAGCGAGAAAUCCAAAACUUAAAACUCUUUCGUCAUCCCCAUAUUAUCAAACUAUACCAGGUGAUCAGCACACCAACGGACUUUUUCAUGGUGAUGGAAUAUGUGUCUGGAGGUGAAUUAUUUGACUAUAUCUGUAAACAUGGACGGGUUGAAGAAAUGGAAGCCAGGCGGCUCUUUCAGCAGAUUCUGUCUGCCGUGGACUAUUGUCAUAGGCAUAUGGUUGUACACCGUGACCUAAAGCCAGAGAAUGUGCUGUUGGAUGCACAUAUGAAUGCCAAGAUAGCCGAUUUUGGACUGUCUAAUAUGAUGUCAGAUGGUGAGUUCCUACGAACAAGUUGUGGGUCUCCAAAUUACGCAGCACCUGAAGUCAUCUCAGGCAGGCUGUACGCGGGUCCUGAGGUUGACAUCUGGAGCUGCGGUGUGAUCUUGUAUGCUCUUCUUUGUGGCACCCUCCCUUUUGAUGAUGAGCAUGUGCCUACAUUGUUUAAGAAGAUCCGAGGAGGUGUGUUUUAUAUUCCAGAGUAUCUCAACCGCUCUGUUGCCACUCUGCUGAUGCAUAUGCUGCAGGUUGACCCCCUGAAACGCGCAACUAUCAAAGACAUAAGAGAGCAUGAAUGGUUUAAACAAGAUUUGCCCAGUUAUCUGUUUCCUGAAGACCCCUCUUAUGAUGCUAAUGUCAUUGAUGAUGAGGCUAUAAAAGAGGUCUGUGAAAAGUUUGAAUGUACAGAAUCAGAAGUCAUGAACAGUUUAUAUAGCGGUGACCCUCAAGAUCAGCUCGCUGUGGCCUAUCAUCUUAUCAUUGACAAUCGGAGAAUCAUGAACCAAGCCAGUGAGUUCUACCUCGCCUCUAGUCCUCCAACUGGCUCCUUUAUGGAUGACAGUGCCAUGCAUAUCCCCCCAGGCCUGAAGCCUCAUCCAGAAAGGAUGCCACCUCUAAUAGCAGACAGCCCCAAAGCGCGGUGUCCCCUGGACGCUCUGAACACAACCAAGCCCAAAUCCUUAGCUGUGAAAAAAGCCAAGUGGCACCUCGGAAUCCGAAGCCAGAGCAAGCCUUAUGACAUCAUGGCUGAAGUUUACCGAGCUAUGAAACAACUGGAUUUUGAGUGGAAGGUAGUGAAUGCAUACCAUCUUCGAGUAAGAAGAAAAAAUCCAGUGACUGGCAAUUACGUGAAAAUGAGCUUACAGCUUUACCUGGUCGACAAUCGGAGUUAUCUUUUGGACUUUAAAAGCAUUGAUGAUGAGGUGGUGGAGCAGCGAUCUGGUUCCUCGACACCUCAGCGUUCCUGUUCCGCAGCCGGCUUACACAGACCAAGAUCCAGUUUUGAUUCCACAACUGCAGAGAACCAUUCUCUUUCUGGCUCUCUCACUGGCUCUUUGACCGGAAGCACUUUGUCCUCCGUUUCCCCUCGCCUGGGCAGUCACACCAUGGACUUUUUUGAAAUGUGUGCCAGUUUGAUCACUGCUUUAGCCCGCUGAUAAUCUUCCACUGGCUUAUGUCUUUCUGUUACUGCACUGUGAAAAUCAGAUUUAUCCUUUAAAUUAUUAUAUCACUCCUGGAUAUUAAAUAAUCUACAGAUGUUGAGAGACAUGAGUAUUUCAGGGGACAUGCAAGGUCACUGAAAUUACUGAAAACAAAAGAGUUGACAAUUUAAUUUUAUUGUGCCUAUAGUAACUUCACAUAGGCAUUUUCGUUAAUGGGUGAACAUCAAAGAAGCCUGUUAAUUCACAGUUGUGCGCUCACUAUACCUGAUGAACACAUCUCACUGUUGAGCCAUCUAACCUAAGGACGGCUUGGCAACACCUUCUCACUUCACUGUUUAGUGUACAUUAAUACAUUUUACUUCCCAAGUUUCCCUAGUUUUUAAAGAUGUGUUUAUGCUCCCAAUUUUCUUGUACAGGCUCAAAAUACAAAGUAACCAUUACCAAAAUAUUAUUUAAAAGUUGAAAUUUUCAAAGCUCACUUCCCAGACCUCUGAAACUAAAUUCUGAACUUUGUACAAAUCUUGCCUAGUGUUUACCAGAACCAGUGUGGUCUUGUCACAGGUUCUGGGUUCCAUAGAAACAACUGUGAACAUCUUAGGGCUUUAGCUUGAGAUUUCUCUGAAUCAUACAGAUCAGUCUUCCAGGUUCUACUUAAUAUUGGAACAAGUUAGAAUGGCAACAAUCAAUCAUUAUCUUUUCCAGAAGCGUAUACAAGGUUAAAACAUAUCUUCAGAAUCUGCCUUUCUUAGAUUUAUUUUUUCAUUUUGCCCUAAAUGAUAAAAUAGUAUACGACAGAACUUGGGGCAUGGGGUAGCUCAGUGCUAUUAAGCUAGCAUAUACAAGGUCCUGGGUUCAUUCCUGACCACCAGAAAGAUAAA